AUGGCGACAACAACCAUCUCGAAGCUCUUGGUCUUUGCUGCCCUUGUUUUUGUUGGGCAGGCCGGUCUUAUAACGAAACCGGACGGUCCGAUCGUUCCAACACGGUAUGGAGACGUGCGAGGCUUGUACGCGGAGGAAGGGGCUAUCUUCCUCGGUCUCCCGUUCGGGGUUCCACCGGUAGGCGAGCUGCGCUGGAAGCCUCCUCGGGCGUACAACACGUCCUGGGCGCCCAGAGUUCGAGACGGCACCGUACCGGGACCGGCAUGUCGGCAAACAAGUUGUGGACCGAACUAUAAAGAUUACCAACACACUUGUAACCGCGACAAGAACAAAACGCAGAGUGAAGACUGCCUGUACCUUAACGUUUUCGUGCCCAGAUCCGUUCUACUGAACUCUUCUGUCAGACUACCUGUGAUGUGUUGGUUUCAUGGUGGUAAUUACCAGUAUGGCACCGGCGCUGCUUUAAUCUAUGAUGGGCGGAUUUUGGCCAACAAAACCAACACUGUCGUCGUAACGACCAACUACAGACUCGGCGUUUUCGGCUACCUUGUGACCGGCGAGGGCGAAGACGAUGCCAGGGGAAACUAUGGAACAUUAGAUCAGAUUGAAGCACUAACGUGGGUCCAACAGAAUAUCGCAGACUUUGGUGGGGACAAGGAUAAAGUAACCGUUUUCGGACAGAGCGCCGGGUCAGAUUCGAUUGCAGUUCUCCUGACGUCCGCUAGGGCGGCAGACCUGUUCCACCAGGGCAUCAUGCUGAGCGUGCCGUUCUCCAUCCCACUCAAAACUCAGUCAGAAGCGAUUCGUUACGGGAAUGAUUUUACAAAGUUCGCGAACUGCUCUACCGGGGACAUGAAGUGCCUUCGCUCCAAGUCAGCCGACGCAAUUCUCGAUGCCCAAAAGAAAACGUUUUGGCACGGCCAUGCCUACUGUCAGGGUCACGUCUGUCACGGGGAAGACAUUCCGUUCGUGUUUCAAACACCUCUACUGAUCAACCUAACCUUCACCCGAGAAGAACAGGUCCUAGCUGACACCAUGGUGUAUCACUACGGUAACUUCGCACACACGGGCGACCCGAACAAAGCUAGCCCGAAUGUCUACACCACAGGCAACGUCCUAAAAUCACCACUGAACUGGCCCAGGUAUAACAAAGGGAAUCUAUUCCCCAACAUGAAUUUUACCACUACCCAGAGUGUUAUAGUACAGGACUAUAACAAGGAAAAGUGUGACUUCUGGGAUAAGGAAAAUAUCUAUUCAGCGAGAAAUAAGGGCAAUUGA